AUGGAGAAAUUAAAUGACUAUGAGAAGAAGGGAUGCGCCCGACGACUGACGGAAGAGGCGGCGGCUCAUACAGGCCCGAGAACUUGGUAUCUUCUCCACUUCGCGGUGAUUCAUCCACACAAACCAACGAAGCCUCGUUUGGUAUUUGACGCAGUGGCGAAAAGUCACGGAGUUUCUCUAAACGACCGGCUGUUGAAAGGUCCGGACCUUUUGAAUUCUUUGGUGGGAGUACUGUUUACUUUUCGACAAGGAUUAGUAGCAAUUUGUGGAGAUUUAAAGGAAAUGUUUUCCCAAGUAAGAAUUCGAGAAGAUGAUCAGGACAGUCAACGCUAUUCACAACGAGAUGAAAAAACGGGAAAAUUGAUUGUAAUGCGAAUGCAAGCAAUUACAGAGAGACACUACGUGGACGAUUACUUGGACAGCGUAAACACAGCGGAAGAGGCGAUCCAGAGAGCUCAUGACGUUGCGUUCAUUCAUCAACAUGGGGGAUUCGAAGUUCGCAACUGGAUGUCCAAUUCUGUAGAAUUGUUACAAACGUUGCCACAAGAUCAUCUUGCCCCGUCGGGAAGCGGAUUGAAUUUCAACGAAGAAAAUUUACAAAGAGUCCUCGGUGUGAUUUGGGCACCUGACAAUGAUUGCUUUACUUUCAAAACAGAUUUUCCAAAAUUGAAUGAAAGUUUGGUAAGCGGCGAAAAAAUUCUUACGAAAAGAGAAAUGCUCCGACUGGUCAUGUCGGUGUUCGAUCGUCUAGGUUUGGUUACAGUCCUGAUGCUGAAAACAAAAUUGCUUAUGCAGGAAAUUUGGCGACGUGGUACUGACUGGGAUGAACGGAUACCUGAUGAACUUCUCGGAAGAUGGACCACCUGGCUGGAAGACCUGCAACGAGCGAAGACCUUGAAAAUCCCACGUUGUUACGUACUAGGUAUCGGUGAGAUACAAGAAAUUCAACUUCACGUAUUCUGUGACGUCAGUGAACAGGCGUUUGCUGCUUGUGCCUAUUUCCGAAUUCAAGGUACCAGAGGUAUGAAGGUAUCCCUAGUCAUAGCCAAAAGUAGAGUGGCUCCACUGAAAAUAUUGACGAUUCCACGUUUUGAACUUCAAGCAGCAGUGAUGGCUUGCCGAUUAUCACAGUUCAUAAGUAGUCAACACACCUUUCGCAUUGAAAAAACUGUAUUUUGGACGGAUUCCAGGACAGUACUUUGCUGGCUGAAAUCAGACGUCAGGAAAUACUUACCUUUUGUUGCGCAUCAAAUAGCUGAAAUUGUGGACAACACGUCAGUGUCAGAUUGGCGAUGGGUACCAACGAAAGAGAAUGUAGCAGAUGAUGCCACUCGAGGUACUUCGCAGCACGAAGGAUUUGAAAAUGAUCGUUGGUUUAUUGGACCGGAAUUCUUAAUCCAACCUGAAACAGAAUGGCCUAAAGAGAAGGUCAACGAUGUACAGACACCGGACCCAACAACUCUUGAGAUCAAGAAAGAGUUUUGCGGCACCUUAAUCGCCACGCAAGAGGCUCUGCUAGAUGCGACGAGAUUUUCUUCAUGGCUUCGACUAGUCCGUUCACAAGCUUGGGUCAGACGUUUGUGUGACAUAUGGUCUAAGAAAGUGUCGAAAUUGGAGAAAAAUGGAGGAGUCUGGGAGUUGACAGCAGAGGAAGUUCAACGAGCAGAACUGGAUAUUAUGAUCCAAAUGGAAGGACGAGUGACCGCUGAUAUGGUCGCAUCAGGCGACAAAAUGAUCCUAGAUGGUAAACAUCCAGUAACCCAACUUCUAGUGAUGUAUUAUCAUCGCCAAACAGGACAUCAUGGAAGAGAAAGGGUAGUCAACGACCUACGACAAAGGUUAUGCAUACCACGAAUCCGGACAGUGGUAAAGAAAGUAUGGCGUGACUGUCUUCUCUGCCAGCACCGAAGAUCGAUGCCUGCAGUGCCAAGGAUGGCACCCUUGUAUGGAGUGUUGUUUACCUGCUUGACUGUACGAGCAGUCCACUUGGAAAUAGCGGCCUCAUUAACGAAGGACUCAAUGAUCAUGGCUUUUCGUCGGAUGAUGGCUAGACAAGGACAUCCCCUACGAAUGUACUCGGGCAACGGAACAAAUUUAAGAGGAGCAUCUGAAGAAUUGAAAAGGGCCGUACAAGAGCUCCAUAAAAAUGAGAUCCUACGACAGACGUCAAAAUUCCAAAUACGAUGGAAUUUCAUUCCUUCAGCUACUCCGCAUAUGGGUGGAUGCUGGGAACGCCUGGUAAAGUCUGUAAAAAAAGAUUUAGAGUCGACCUUGCGAGAACAAGCACCACGUGAAGAAGUGCUUCAGACUUUAUUCGCCGAAGCGGAAUAUUCAGUGAACAGCCGACCAUUGAAGCACGUGUCUGACGAUCCUGAAGAUUUGACGAGUCUAUCACCAAAUGAUUUCUUGAUGUUGACACCUGGAAAAACUCAAGAAUCACACGGUCCUCCCGGCGAUUUUUUCAAUGGCAACAACCUACGUCGACAAUGGCGUAUCUCUCAACACUUUGCCGAUCAAUUUUGGCGGCGUUGGGUGAAAGAAUAUUUACCAGCGAUCAACAAACGGACUAAAUGGCAAGGCGAAGCUCCGAAGAUAGAGGUGGGAACUUUAGUUCUCAUUUGGGACGACAACUCACCGAGAAACCAGUGGCCACGUGGACGAGUGGUAGCAGUGUACCCGGAGAAAGAUAAAAGAGUGCGCGUAGUUGAUGUGAAAACCGCGACCGGGACAUAUAAAAGUUCAGUUGCGAAAUUGUGCGUCCUUCAGCAGUAA